AACUCGUAACAGAUCGUCGGCGCAGUAACCAUCUCGUCGAAUCCGAUGGCCCUCGGCGACAGCGCCACCACGCCGCCGGUGGCCAAGCUCUCCAUCUCCGGCGCGGCCCUCGCGGCGCUCCUGCACCGCUGCGCGGCCGCAGCCGGCGACUGCGACGGCCUCCUCUUCGGCCGCGCCUCGCACCUGCCCGCGCCGCCGGCCGCUCUCUCCGACUACGACGACGCCGCCGCGGCGGCGGCCCCUCCCGCCCCCGCGCUCUCCAUCUCCGUCUCCGGCCACUGCUCCCUCUCCCACCCCUCAUCCCUCUCCGACUCCCUCGGCCGCUUCCAACCCCACUCCUCCCCCGCCCCCGCCUCCGCCCCCGCCCCCAUCGGCUUCUUCUCCUCCCGCCGCCGCACCGCGCUCCGCCCCUCCAUGCGCGAGGCCGUCCUCGCUCACUCCCUCUCCGCAACCCUAGCCUCCGCCCACCCGCUCCUCCUCAUCCUCGUCUCCCCCUCCGCCUCCCCCAACCACUCCACCCACUCCUACGACUACCGCGCCUUCCUCCUCCACGGCGGCCGCCUCGUCCCGGCCUCGCUCGCCAUCGUCAACGUCGGGCCCGGAUUCCGGGACCAGUACCACGCCUUCACCGCCGAGUCGCCCAUGCCCUGGCUGCCGUCGGCUCCGGCGCCUGGGCACGCUCACACCCUCGUGGAGCAGAAGGCGGUGGAUGAAAUGGUGGACGGGUUUGGGAUCGGAAGGCUGCAGGAGCUCCUCGGCGCUGCUGCGGGGCAGGCGGCCGAGAUUGAUGACAUGUACGCAGGGAUGCUCAGCAAGCUGGAGAAGCUCGCCAGGGAGGUGGAAAAGAGCAAUCUCCGUGUGCUCGAGCAGGAAAAGAGGAACCUGCUGCUGAGGUAUAAAUAUGCUGGAAUGGAGUAGGACCGAAGUGCUUUUGGUCUUAGCGAUGUGUGUAUCAUGACUGAGUUUUAUCGGUGUGUCAUGCAGAUUUCGUGAUGAUCUGAAUGUUCAUCAGUAGUUCCAAGUCGCACUCAUGUUUUUGAUAAUAUUAUUUUG